AAAAAUUGUAUUGAGUAUGAAUAGAAACAAAUAUUAAAGUGUUAAUUUUAAUUGUUUGUUUAUUUAAUUUAACAAUAUUUUAUUAGAAAUAUAAUUUUAAAUAUCAGAUUUAGAGUUACAAUGGGAAAAAUCAGGAAAAACCGCGUCCAAAAUGAUGUUCCGAUGAAAUCCGAUGUUAUGGAGACAUCUUCACAAAGCUCUGAGGACGAGUUACCAGAGGAAGAAACAAUGACUAGAACUCGCAAUGGAACUUAUCGCAGAAAUUGUCUUAGACUACGUGUCAAAAAAUCCACAAAAUUAAUCAAAUCAAAACUCAAUAAACAACAAACAACCAAGUCAUCAUCUGCAUCUUGUAAAGCUCUUGACAAUGAUACAACCCAUUCGAAAGAAGUGAUACCUUGUGAUGAUAAUCAGCCCCAGAACGCUUCGGAUUUAGAUCCAAAAUCUGAUAUUGAAGAAGAUGAAUGCAUACCAAAUGGAUCAAAGUCUAUUGAGUGCUUCAUUUGCAGUUGUAGAUUAAGUAAAAUCUAUAAUCUGAGGAGUCACAUGGCUACGCACUUAGAAGAAGACUCGUAUGACUUAAAAACUUUCGAAAAUUCAGAAAUAUUUAAUGUCCUGAAUCCACAUAAGAGGAAUAUUGAUUCAAAGACAAUCCAAAAAUUUGUUAUCCAGGAAAUCCAAGCUAAACGUUAUUCCCAGUUCUAUUGCAUUCUCAAUGAAGCAGCUGUUGAGCUACAUAUCAGUGAUUCGGAAACAGAUUCUGAUGGAGCGGGUGAUGGUAUGAUACCUCGCAAUAACUAUCGUUGUGAGAUGUGUAAAAAGAACUUUGACCGGAGAUACAAAGCAUUGUUUCAUCAAAAAACCGCUCAUACUAAAAACGACUUAGUCGUCGAAUGCGACUAUUGUUUGAAAAAGUUCUUUUGCAUGAAUCUUCUUAUUCAUCAUUUAAAAACUCAAUGUGAAAGCGAUGAAAAGCCAGUUCCAUGCACCGAGCGCUUUAUGAAAUUUCUACUUAAAGUUAAUUUGGAAUAUUAUGCAAAUCUAGCCGAGGCCAGGGAACAAAGAAAACUACAGAAAGUCAAUGAAGUCCCAAAGUCGUAUAGUUGUAAAAUUUGUAAGAAAACAUUUACACGCCAGGAGCAUCUGAAUCGGCACAGUGCUGUGCAUCUUCCCGAUGAGAUGAAGUUUGAGUGUUCUGUUUGUGAUAGACGUUUCAAUAGAAAGGACAAUAUGCGAUCUCAUAUGAAAACACACACUGAAGAGGGCACCCGAAAUGCAGAGUCGAAAAAAAUUCUCUGCUCUUACUGCGGACGAAGCUUUAGCAGUAAAUCCAAUUAUGUGGUUCAUAUGCGUCGUCAUACAGGUGAGAAACCCUACAAAUGCGAUGUGUGUGGGAAAGGAUUUCCCAAAUCUACAGAUCUCAACUCUCACAAGAUCACACACACGGGCGAGAAGAAUUUUGUGUGCACAAUUUGCAAUAAAGCCUUCGCUAGAUCAGCUGUGCUUUCGAAACACAUGAAAGUUCAUAGCGGUCCAUAUCCAUGUACGUCGUGUGACAAGAAAUUUCCGAAACCUAGUGCCUUAACUUUACACUUGAGAACCCAUGCUGGUGGGGACAGGUCGUCCAGAUGUAUGGUGUGUAAUGAAUCUUUUCCUACAAGAGAUGAAUUAGAUUUGCAUUUCUCCGAAACUGGACACACGAAUGAACCUAAGAGGGUUAUAGUGAUAAAGGAACCUGUUGUUGUGGUGGGAAAUCCUUCUUCUACGUCCCCACAUGAUCAAGUACCUGAUGUGGAAAAGAAGACAGGAAGUGAAGAUCCAUUGGAAAUCGAUGAAGAAGAAUGGCGGACGACAAAAAUUAAAGUACCUGUUAAUGAAAUUAUUCAAAGUGUUUUGCAAAAGUCAACAAGUACAAUCGAUCAAGAAUUAGUUAAGGAAGAAACUAAAGACAUUGAUAAUAAUGUAAUGCCUCCAUUCUCGCCGUUUGAUAAUAAAUUUGAUGAUGAUGAUGAUGAGGAUUAUGAGGGUGGAUACGACUGGUAAACCAAUGAGUUAAUAUUUUAAUAAUUUUUAAUGUCUAAUGAUAAAAUUAUUUGACAUUACAUUUUACAUUACAUUUUGUUAAUUCAAUUUAAGGUAAAUUUAAUUGUAUGUUAUUAAGGAUUUUAAUAAAAGCUUAAUUCAUUUUA